CUAAGAUUAGUCUCUUCACUGAUCACCGUGUCACAGCCAGUCACCGUAUGUGUCAAGCACAAAGUCUGUUGCACAGGCAGGUGCAAAAAAGAUCUCGCUGAGGAUUAAGGUUUAAUUUCACUCAGACAUCUUUGGCAGAAGAGCUGAAGUGAGCUAAGUUAGAAUACACGUACAGUGAGUGGAGUUGAGAAGGUAGUCAGUGACUGGCGGCAUGUGAGCAACUUGUAAGACGGUGGCGGCUGGAGAACACCAAUAAAGUUUCAGUGUCUGCUGUUACUUCAGAUUCCUGUUCUUGACAAGAGUUGAACCUGAUGUGAUCUCCUGCCUGUCCGCCUCAAGCGUCUUGUGACUGUAAGCUGAAAUUUGACCCUUUCCCAACCACAGAAAGUAGCACUGCAGUAUUCUGUCUUUAGAUCCUCUAUUGAAAAAGCGUACCAUCUUCUAUUCACACCAACGCAUCGGUCAGGUCGUGAUUGCUUCUAGCUCUAAUGCAAACGUGGUAAUGUCAGGGUGGUUAAGAGAUGGGGAGGUGCUGGAAGGUCAGGGCAGUGGUCAGGCAUCUCCUUGUAACCCUAGAUUUAGGACCCCAAGAUCCUCACCUGACAGUGCAACCUUCAGAUCCCCAAGGAACACAAUGAGAAAAGCCAAAGAGCUGUUCGGGCUUUGUGAUAAAGAGAACAAGGGGUUCAUCACCAAGAGAGACCUGCAGCGGUUGGAAGGAGAGGUGCCACUGACCCCGGAGCAGUUGGAGUCGGUGUUUGAGAGUUUGGACCGUGACAGAAAUGGCUUCCUCACACCUCUUGAGUUUCACACUGGUCUAGGUGAGCUGAUAGAAGAGUGUGAGGAGAAAGAUCCAGCAGAGCUCAGAUUCACACAGAUUCUUAUAGAGCUUGGAGCAGAUAAAAUCCUGAAAGAUCAGUGGGAGCUGUGUUCUCUUUGGUGUGAUCUGCAGAAAGAUAGGCCUGAGUUGUUGAAUCUAUUGGAGGAAAUUCUUUCCCACGCCGUUGCUCAUCUUCAGGAUGCACUGAAAGAGCGGGACAAUUUAGAAGAGACCCUGCACAGACGAGAAGACGAGCAUAACACGGUGGUGCGCUCGCUUUACGAAGACCUCGAGAGCCAACUCAAAGAAGAGCGAAAGAAACGAAUCACUCUGGACAGCGCGAGACAGGGGGACAAAAGAGAGCAGCUACUGCAGGAGCUGAGAACGCGAGAGCAGGAACUAGAGUUCACAUUGACCAAGCAGAGAGAGCUUGAAACUCGGAUCAAGGCUCUGUGCAAGGACCAAGCGAGCACUCGGGGGCAGAACCAAAGGCUGCAGCUGGUAAACGCAGAUUUGCGGGAACAGUUGGAGGAGAGCCGGGAGGAGCUACAGAAGGCACUUAAUCAGCUGCAGAUCCUGCAGGAAACACUCACAGAUCAGCAGGAGGGCAAGCAGAGGCAAGUGCUGAAAGUCUCCAAAAAUAUGCAGAAAGAGAAAGAGAGCCUGAUGAGGCAGCUGGAUCUGCUCAGGGACAUGAACAAGCGUCUGCGGGAUGAGAAGGAUGCACAGCAGGAUCAGAAGAGGACACCUAAGAUGAAGAGACGGUUAGAGAAGAAAGGAUCAAUAAUCGGAGACUAUAUUUUGGCCAAGAGACCUAGCAACAGACAGGUCAGUUUUGUUGGUCAAAUGAAGAGCUCACCUGAUGUGAUUGCUGAUGCAGAGCUAACACUCUCUGAGAAAAACCAUAAAGUGGAUACGUACAAAAAAAUGACUAGUUUAAGUGGCCCACAGCGUGUGUUUAAGGUUGUGUUUUUAGGCAGCUCAGGAGUUGGUAAGAGCUCAUUCAUCCAUCACUACUGCAGAGGGCAUUUCCCCAAUAAAAUGAGCACUACUGUAGGUAUGGACUUCCAGGUGAGAAGUCUAGUGCUUGACUGCACCCAAAUUGCUCUCCAACUUUGGGAUACAGCAGGACAGGAGAGAUUCCACAGCAUCACAACACAGUAUUACCGUAAAGCAGAUGGGAUCCUGGUCAUGUAUGAUGUCACUCAGAGCACCUCGCUCGUAGCAGUGCGUGAUUGGCUUGACCAAGUUCAGAAACACAAGGCUGAUGGUGCAUGUGUGAUAUUGCUAGGCAACAAAGUGGAUAUGGAGGAUGGAGGAGGUAGACAGGUGACUAGCAUGCAGGGACAGAAGCUGGCUGAGGAAUAUCAGGCUGACUUCUUUGAAUGCAGUGCUAAAAGUGGCCAUAAUAUAGAAGAGGCGAUGACACAUCUGGCUAGACUGAUGGAGGCCCAGCAAGACAAACAGUGUGAGACUGUACUUCACUCUCUGGACAACUCUAGUCAUAGCGGGCACUGUUGCGCGUAGGUGCAGAAAGAGCAGCAUCACAUGAAGACGUAUCAUUGAUCGAACUUCCUGCAGCAAACCACAAAAAACAUCUCUCUGAACUGAGACUUGUGAAAAAUUCUCCUGAACAGUCUGUGUUUCCUUAUUAUUUCAGUAUAUUCUGUGCAGCUCAAUAAUUCUGCAAGUAUUACACAAACAUGGGCAUGAAUAUGAAUAUACAGCUGUAUGUAUGAACCUUCAACAACCUUUUAGUAGUGUUAUAUAUUAGUGUUUUGGGUCACUUUACAUUUACUUUUUACAUAUUUAAAAUUUCAGGCAGAACAAUUCAACCAGAUUUUAUUCCUUACUUGUUCAAAUAACCUGAAACAUAUGAAGAACAUAAUAAUCAAAAAUCCAAUGGUUUAGGCUGGUGUCUCAGAAAAACUUUUGUACCAGGUCUGAUUAAAUCUGCUUGGAAAACUGA